AUGGUUGAGGCAAGAGCAAACACAAGCAACAACCACAGCCACCACCAUCACCACCACCUCGCUGAGCCCCCUGUACUUCCUCCAUUCCUCUCGCUCCCCUCCCAAUCCUCACUCCAAGGGUCUUUUUGUGCCAAGACGAGACUCGUCCAACCGCGCAGGGCGGCGUGCGUGCGCGCUCCAACCCGCCCCUAUAGAGUGGUGGAGGCGCAUGCAUGUGUGCAAACAGCCUCAGCACCCUCCCCUAUAAUUCGGCACUUGGGGUUGCACUAUCGCAGUCACGGGGCUAAGCUGGUGGCACAUGGAUGCUCGGUACCACGAGAACGCACACGACUAGUAGAGCGAGAGAGAGAGAGAGAGGAAAUGUGCUGGACGUGCUGAGAGAUAGGACACACACACACCACACGCCACUCGCUCUCACACGCCCAGCCGGGACGAGAAGUCCAGCAGCGCACGUGUUCAACAAACUUCUCCCCACGCGUCCAGACAGCCCAAGGCGUGCUUGAAGACAUCAGCAUCAGCAACAGCAGCAACAGCAGCAGCAACAUGACAAUACACACUGCUAUGGUGAUCCAUGUCCUGCUUGUGAUGGUGAUGGCCGUACUAGCGGGGUCUGCUGUUCACAGAGAGAAACGCGAGCCGCUGAUGCUCCGGAUCCACUCGGGAGGAGACGGAGUCACCUUCAACUUCCACCCGGGCUCCACGGGGGGAGACGCGGUCGACGAGGUGGAGGAGGUGGCCCCUCCGCCUCGACGACGCCAACACCACGGGCCUGUGCUGCAGGGCGCCGCGGGGAACCCGGCAGCUCACGGCCGCGCCGCGGCCUCCUUCCUACACCGCCAGGGGUCAUCACAGCUCGGCGCAGGCCCUCGCACGAUUCACGUGCUGGCGAUCCGCUCUCAGGGCCGCGCGGGCUCGGCCGCCCAACGGCCGCACCACCUGAGUACAGAUGAGCGAGUGUCGAUGCUGAAGGACGUGCGGGUGGAGAUGCUGAGCCCCGUGUCGGUGCUCAUCACGUGGCGGGAUCCUCUGUACAGCGCCGAGCACGAGCAGGGCAGCACGCAGCGGUACUACACGGUGCGCUACCGGGAGCAGGUGCCCACUGCGAUGUGGGCCUACCGCACCGUGAGCCGGCCUCACCUCGUGCUGGGAAACCUGCGGCCGCGUGCCGAGUACGAGUACGCGGUGCGCGUGUCGGAAGGCCGAGUCGACGGAGACUGGUGUGGUCCAUCAAAGCAACAGCAGCAGCAGCAGCACCAACACGUCGCGAGGCCACUGAACGCUGACCCGUCCUCCGUCAUAGGGCCUCGCUCGGCCUCUGCUAAGGCACCCAAGGCGCUGAGCAAUUCCAUCCGUCGGAAGUCGCCCGGAAAGAAUGGAAAAAACGGGAAGUCGGAGCUGGGUCCGCGGACGGACAAGAAGGAGAGGCCUCCUCCCAAAGCGCAGAGCACCAUCCCUGACAAAAAGCCCCACUUCGCCGAAAACAAUCUCAUCGGGAAAUGGAUGAUCGACCCAAACACCAAAGUUCUGUUCACGCCAGAUGGCAACAUGGUUUAUGAUCAGCACGGAAAACCAGUGAAGCUGUGCAUUGGACACGAUGGAAGCUCUGUGGCAGAUGUGAAUGGGCAGGCGAUCCUCGGACACAAUGGCUCUCUGCUGUACGGCUACGGGCCGAGCGGCAAGCCGCUGGUGGACACAACGUCCAGCCCGAUUGUGACCACGGCCGCCAGGAUCCUCCCCAGAGCCCGCGCCCCCAAACCCACGAGCAGGCCGAGAAGACCCGCAGCCACCACAACUACAGCCGAACCCACCACGACGACCACAACGGUACCCACGAGCACCACCUCAACCCAACCGACCACCGCAGUGCAUGAGGCCACCGCGGCCGCGAGCGAAUCGUCGUCCGUCGCGGCUGAACCGACCACCGCAGUGCAUGAGCUCGCCACCGUAAUCACCGGGGCAGCGACCGUCGCAAAGGGACGGUCCACAGCAGUGCAUGAGACCACCACGGCCGCAACUGAGCCUACCGCAGUUGCGGCGGAGCUGACCUCCGCAGUGCAUGAACCUUCCACUAGAACCCCGAAACGGACCUCCGUUACAGAGGGACAGACAAGCACGGUGCAUGAACAAACCACGGUCGCAGACAAACUCACCACACGUCCGACCGAGCCUACAACAACUUCCACAGCAGCACCCACCCACGUAGUCACCGUGGCCACGACCGCCGCCACUACCACAACCACCACGACCACCACCGCCACCACCACAGCCGUGCCUACCAUCACCUCCACAUCUAUACCCACCACCACUGCAUCCACUGCCACCGCAAGCACAAGUGUUGCAACCACCACUGUCCCAACGACCACGCAGCCCGUCACAACCACAACGGAAGCGGCGGCGACCACCGCUACCACGGCCACCAGCACAACCACAACUGCCACCACCACCACCGCCGCCGCCGUCACCACAACCACCACCGCCGCCACCACCACCGCCAAGAAGACCGUGGCAACGACGGUGAAACCGCAAGCGGUGACCACCGUGCGCAGCACCCUGGCGCCCCGCACCAAGAAGCAGCCCACUGCCAAGCCCACCCCGAGGCCAAUCAGCCGCACACAAGCCAGACUCAACCCGAGCCAGACCUUCCAAGCCAACCUGACGUCCUCAUCACCCUGGGAGCUCGGCACGCUGAGCUCCACUCCCUUCACCGAGUUUGACAUCGCCGGCAAGAAGCGCUUCACCGCGCCACACGUCAAGUUCAUCAACAAGGAGCCGAGCGUGCCGUGCUCCAUCACGGAGACGAUCGAGCGCCUGCGUGGGGAGGGAGAGAGCUGGUCGGGCACGGGUCACUCCUUCAACGACUCGCUCAACGUGACAGUGGUCGCCAUCGAGGGCUGCCACUCCUUCAUCGUCCUCGACUGGGACAAGCCAAACAACGACAGUGGCAACAUCACCGGAUACGUGGUGAGCAGCGCGACGACGGAAGGCGCUAAGAUGAACAAGUGGCUCCUGGCGAACGUGAGCAACGACACGAUCUUCCCCGUGGAAAACCUGCAGCCCAACACCAAGUAUGUGUUUAAAGUGCAGGCAAAGAAUGAAGACACACUCGGGCCUCCGUCUGACACUGUUUCUUUCACUACAGAGUCUGAAAACUCGGUGAUAUUUGAUCGGUCAUCUGGCACGGAGCCGAUCUGGACGCAGUUUCCCUUCCGCUACGACGACUCGCACACCGAGUGCCGGGGGAAGCAGUUCGUCAAGCGUACGUGGUACCGAAAGUUCGUGGGCGUCGUUCUAUGCAACUCUCUCCGCUACAAGAUCUACAUCAGCAACUCACUUGGAGGUCUCUUUUACAAUGUCGGUGAUGGAUAUGGGCACGCGGAAGACCACUGCGAGUUUGUCGAUUCAUUCCUGGAUGGGCGGACAGGACCUCGGCUGGAUGAAAACCAACUGCCCAUCACACAAGGUUUCUACCGGCGAUACCGUCAGGAACCGCUGAACUUUGGCUCGAUCGGCGGCGGCGUUUACCAGUACGGGGGCAGCGGCAACUAUUACGUGGCCUGGUACGAGUGCGGGGUGCCCAUCCCCGGCGUCUGGUGGUAAAAGGGCGGGCGGGCGGGCGGGCGGGCGGCCAACGCCUGCGCUGGGCCGCCUCUCUUCCCACCGUCGUGCCGCCCGGGUGCUGAGCUGGAGGAACGCCGUCGCCGGAUUGACGUCGGGACCCCCCCCCCGCCCCCCCACCGUCGCGUCGCUGGAGGAGGGUGCCGCGCGAGCGUUGACGCGCCACUUUGCCGAACGCGAGCAGUCGAGACGGUCGAGGGCAAAGCGACGGCAGCCGGGGGGGCUGGAAGGAAAUUGGCUGUUUCGGCGCUCUCCUUUCACAGUUUAGUUUUUUGCCCCCCCCCCCCCUCUCCCCCCCUUUAAGCUCGAUAAAUUGGCUUCUCUGGUUGCACGUGUGGCUCUGUUGCUCGUGCCUCGGCUCUUUUGGGGGGAGGAGGCGCCAGAGAUGCGGCGCGUGUCUCGUCUCAGGCGCAUUGGGAGCUUUGCGGUGCAACAAAUAGAAGAGUGCCAUUCACUGCAGUUCACCUGAAGGGUUGGUGGCUGAUCUAUUCACAACUGCUUUUUGACUGGCGAUCCGCAUUCUAAUAUUGGUAAAAAGGAAUGCCGUUUUAAACUAUAUGAAUAUAUACGUCCAUGAGACUACGGUGUCACUAAGACUGAUGUAACGAUAAUAAUGCAAAAACGAACAAGUAAGAAAUGAUAACCAACUAAGAUUAAUAAGUAAAAGCGCUUUAGCCACGUGUCAAUGUCAAUGGUGCUGGUGAUACUACUCUAAUUGGUUUCCAUCAUUAUACUGUAACCAUCACACCAUGCCAUGUCCAUUGCGAUGUUUGCCAAAAACUUAGUUUGUCUAUCCAGAAUUCAUAAUUAGCUUGCCAAAAUCAUGUUUUUUAAAGUAACACAACUGGCCAAUUAUUGAGGGUGUAACUGUUACAUUUUCUGUCAGAUUGUUAACAAAAUAGGCCUGGGCUGUAAAUGUAUAAACUGGUUAGGUUCUCUGAGAAAAUGCUAGUGUUGACAAAUAACAAACAUUGGUUCUCCUGCAUAUUCGUUCCACCAAUGACAAUUAUUUGGUGAACAAUUAUAACCCGGGCUUAAAGGCACCUUUUGCUUCAACAGAAAACAAGUACGGGUUACAUAUAUCGAUGAGUGGAAUUGAUAUGCCCAAGUCUUGGUUCCUUAGAGGGAACACAUUUGAGGGAGGGGGGGAGAGACAUUCCCUACAUGGUGUUUACAACAGGAACCUCUCUACUCAUAAAACGGAUUCAUUCUUCAAAAGGAAGUCAUAAACGGUCACUCCACCAGCUCUUUACUGUCCCAGAUGUUCGAUUGAGCCAAAACAUGUUGGACGGAAUCACUUACUUCAAACAGAUGGGGGAUAAAAAGAGAGACUUGUCCCCUCUGGCUGUGCAUGGCAUCAUCACAGGCUGAAUGUGAUCUGUGAUGAGCCUUGAUGAUAAUAAAACAAAAACCCAUGCAUUGGCUAUCCCCAGAUAUUUACGAUUGACAGAGAAAUUAGCGCAAAGUUGUAAAAGGUUCUGAUGGUGCUGCAGGUUUGACUACUUUGAAUACGAAGCUUGUGGAAGUGUACCGUUGAGAGGAUUUGUUCGAUAGCCAUCCUUCUCAUAUCUAACGCAAGUAAAAACAAACACCGCAACGUGAUGCAAACAAUAGUGUACAAUAGCUGAUAAUUGCAACAAUCACCUGCUCUGCUUACAUUCAGCUAGACACAGCUCGGCUCAAUGAUCACAGAACACAAUAUAACUGCAUUCAUUUGACUCUUAGCACAAUACAAAGGCAGAGAUCAUCCCGCAUAGCUCUUAACUAUCCCAGUGCUGAUGUUUACACACAGCACCAGGUACUCGUUCAUUCACACACCCACGUUAUCCACAUGGGCCAUUUCGAAGUAACGGAAUUACAGGAUUGACGCGGGCGAAUUUUAGACACGGGGAAUGUAAUGGACUCCUAUUGUGUAUCACACCGGCAUUGCCAUGUAAGCAAAUUUUGAAAGCUUGAAUUGAGCAAGUCUCAGCAAAUAAGUCUGAACGUUUGUUAUCGCGUACUCUUGAGAUGGCAGGGGUUGUAAUUACAUUACCGUGGGCUGGAAAGCAUAUAGAGUAGAGCACAGAAUAUGAACGGACUCGACACAAAUUGUCAAGUUUUAGACCAAAAAGUAUCCUGUCCUCAGAAAGUGUUUUUUUUGUUUGUUGAAUAUAUGCGAAAUCAAAGAUUAAUCGAUUGAAAAUUAUUCCGUCAGGAAGGGUAGGGUGUUUAAACAAGACUCGCAGCCUUUGAUCCACUCCUGAUUGGCUUUGCAUUUAAACUUAUCAGUAACUUGAUCGUAGGAAGCCGCUCGUCUUGCUCUUUGAAGCAUUUAAAUUCAGUUUUUGUUUUGUUUUACUUAUUACAUUGUACAGAGUAUGUGCCGGCUUGAAUGUAAUCUUAAUGUAGUUUAUUUUGUAUCAGAUUAUAAUUUUGUAAAACACGUGUUGCUCUCCCUGCUUUGUUUCAUGGUUGUUUUGAAGGAGAAGUGUUGAUAGUAUAAAGAGCUAUAACAAAUAUAAAUAAUAACAUGUGUUGUUCAUCAAAUAUUUUUCAUUUUUUUGUGCACACAAUUUCGUAUGUAACAAUGAAUAAAUAAAACAUUCUCAAAGUAGGAACAUUUAAUAUUGGAUUUAUAAUAGGACAAUUGCGAAAUGCCUAACGUGUUUUUCUACGCAAAUAUAUAAAAAAAACGUUAAGCAAAUCAAUUUAAUCUUCUAAUCAAGUUUGUGCCUAUUGGCAGAGGUUUUCGCGGGCAAAAUUAGCAUCUUGCUUCAGUAUGUAUGGUCUGAUCCUGGGAAUAUGCCACGUUGGUUUGGAAUGUAUACACAUUGUUCAACAUUGAUUAGUAUAAUGUUCGUAUGAAAACUCUCUACGUAGUGCGUUACACCAAGCAAGAGUUUGUGUGCCCAAAGAUAAUUUUAGCUUUCUCUCUCCCAUGAUGAGUGCGUGUUACAAUUGUGUAUAAGUGUACAAUAUGUUCCGCGAGACUUUCAAUAUCCUUUACAUUUAAAUUCGUGCCGGAUCACGAUUACAGUGUCGAGUGUGCAAGAGCAUCGCGUAACUGAUAUCAAUGCACACAUAAGAGUGUGCACGCCUGACACUUACAUUUGUACUGCAUACUUAAGUAGAUUUCCAUACAAAAAAGCUGUCUUUUGUUUUAAGUGAAACCUUUUUUUGUCUUCUAAUCGAACAAUUUUAUAUUGACUAAGAUAGUAUAAAUGGUCAAGAGGAUAUUAUAUAUUUUAAAAGGAUGGGUCUUCAAGCCGUACCUUAUCGCUCUAAUAAAGGAAAUAUAUUUUCUGCUCUUGCAUACAGAUGUUGCAUGACUAUACAUCUUUUGCCUGAUUAUAGAAAAAUGUCUAUAUUAAUAAAUUAUUAUUGUACAUGG